UUCUCAGGCAUCAUCCUGCCAGUGAGAGCCUAUAUAUAAGACUCCUGUGGGAGCACGCCCCAGCGACAGACUCCUGCUGCAGCUUACACGACCAUGGUUGAAUUCAAGGGCUACGCGCUGACAGACCCCUCCGCAUGGAGUACGCUCAGUCUGGUGAGCUACCCGCCGAAGACCUUUGAGGACGACGACGUCGAGCUCGCGAUCACGCAUUGUGGCGUGUGCGGCUCGGACGUGCACACGCUCAGCCAGGGAUGGGGCAGCACGGGCACGCUCCCGCUCGUCGUCGGCCACGAGAUCGUCGGGAUUGUCACGAAGGUCGGCGCGAACGUGCAGGAGUUCAAGGUCGGCCAGCGCGUUGGCGUCGGCGCUCAGAUCGGCAGCUGCAUGAAGUGCAAGCGUUGCAAGAAAGGCAACGAGAACUACUGCCUGGAUGGCAUGAUAGACACUUAUAACUCGUACUAUCCCGACGGCGUCUUUGCGCAGGGAGGCUACUCGACCGCCAUUCGUGCUCACCAACAGUUUGUCUUCACGAUUCCGGAAGCAAUCGAAUCGAAGGAUGCGGCGUCCAUGUUCUGUGCCGGCUUAACUGUGUACUCUCCCCUGAGGAGAAAUGGCGCAGGCCCCGGCAAGAAGGUUGGCGUCAUGGGCAUCGGUGGCCUUGGGCACUACGCCGUCCUGUUCGCCGCCGCCAUGGGUGCGGAAGUGUACGUCUUCACGCACAGCGAGACAAAGCUUGAGGAAGCGAAGAAGAUGGGCGCCACGCACGCUGUCAGCACACACUCUGAUGACUUCUACAAGCCCUUCAUCGGCGAGCUGGACAUCCUCAUCUCCACCAUCGACGUCUUCCGCCCCGACCGGCCGCUGAAGACGUACAUGUCGAUGCUGGACGUGCACGGCAAGUUCAUCAACGUCGGCCUGCCCGACAACGACAAUUCGCUGCCGCCGAUGCACGCGUUUGACCUGCAGCCGAGCGGCGCGUUCCUUGGCGGGUCGCACAUCGGCUCGAAGGACGACUGCAACGCAAUGCUGAAGCUCGCUGCGGAGAAGAACGUCAAGCCGUGGAUCCAGGAGCUCCCUAUGAGCCGGGCGAAGGAGGCGGUAGAGAACGUGAGGGCCGGGAAGGUGCGCUAUCGGUAUGUGCUGACGCAAGACAUUGCCCCCGUCGCGUGAGGCUCGUGCGUCGGUGCUGGUAUGUUUGC